AGUGUAAAAAGACCCGUUUACAACCCUUACGUAAGUUUUUCUCAAGCUUUCUUCGAGCAGGACUCGUUGUUUUGUGAUUUGAAGUCGAGCUAUUUUGUCAUCAGCAUUCUUUUUGUUUUCUUAUUCUUCUGCAACUAGCUAGCAAGACCAUGCCGA